GCUACCAGAAGGGUUGCGAAGCUCGCCUUUGGCGCCAUGCCAUGCUGUCCCCCGCGCCGACGGAGCUGGAUUCCGACUCGGACGCCAAGCCAGCGGAGCCGGUCCCGGUGGAUUCGGACAGCGAUGCGGAGCUUGUGCUGCCACCGCAGCGAGAAGUGGCAGCUCCUGCGACAGGUCGACAGACCUCUCUCUUGCACUGGGCAGGUGGGCAGUCGGGGAAGAAGCCCAAGCUGGGCUCGGUGGAGAUGCGGAAGCGCCGCAAGGAGCGGCGGGAGCUCGCGGCGGAUUUGCGCGCCGGCGUGCUGCCGUUGCCGCCUCCAGUGGUGGGCUACGAUGUCCAGGUGGAAAGGCUUUGCUCGUCGCACAAAGUCGCAGACCUGGAGCUCUUCUUCCCGCGCGCGCCGCUGGCGUCGCAGCUGCAGCUCAUGUCCGCGGCGUGCGUGGCGCUCGGCGAUCCGCGGCCGCGGGCGGCCUUGCUGGAGAGCCCCACGGGCACCGGCAAGACAUUGGCGUUGCUGAGCUCCGUGCUGGCUUUUCAGCAGAAGUGCUUCAGGUCUUGGCAGGAGGGCGGUGGAGUCCUUCCACCCGCCCCAGCCAUCAAGAGCAUGAGGCCCGGCGAGGAACUCACGACGCCAGUGCCACGGGUGGUGUGGAUUGCGCGCACCCACGACCAGCUGGAGCAUGCCGUGGCAGAGCUUCGACGUCUGCCCUACCGCCCCCUGCAGUCCUUGAGGAUCUCGCGGGAGCGGUUCUGCUUGCAUCCCUUCGUGCAGCAGGCCAUCGACAAGUCUGCAGCUUGCGAGAUGGCCACAGUGACGAGGAAUGGCAAUGCCCUGGGAGGUGGCAUUUCCGGGUGCGUCCACUUGGACAAUGCGGAAGCCAUUGGCUAUCCGAGCACCGCGACUCACCGUGCAAAGUUCGAGGCAGGUGGGAAGCUUGCGGUGUAUGACAUCGAGGACUUGGUGAAAGAGGGGCAUGACACCCACACCUGCCCUUACCACGCAGCCAUGGACUUGACCAAUGAAGGCGCGGGCAUCGUCUUUGCCACGUACCCCCAGAUGUUGGACCCCUGCGUUCGGGAGACCAGCAGCUUCGACCAAGUGCUCCAGGACAGCGUGCUGGUCAUCGACGAGGCCCACAACGUGGCGCAAGCCGCCCGGGACUGCAGCAGCUUCCGCGGGAGCAUCGUGGACUUUGAGCAUCUCAUGUCGAAGCUUCAAGGCCUGGCGAAGGCAACCGCGGAGCAGGAGGCGGUGGACUUGGCCUCCCGCGUUUGUGCCGCGGUGACGCGGCUCCGAGACUGGCUGCUGGGUGCCGCCAAGGGCGACUCCGGCCCGGUGAAGCUGCAGGAGAUGGGGGCGGAGCUGCGGGACCGAGGCGGUCGAGGAUGCUUGGUGCUGGUUUCGCAGAUUGCUGGCCUGCAGAGUGCCAAGGAGGUCCAGCAGCUCCUGCGCAUGCUGCGUGGGCUGCGGCGGCGCUUGAUCGAGCACGGACUCGAAGGUUGGGCGGUCCGAUCCUCGGCGGUCAACGAGAUGGACACCUUUCUGAGAAAGAUGUCCCUGGUGCUGGAAGAGGGCGGCCAAGGUGGCUAUGCUUUGGUCGUCUCGAAGGCUGGCUUCGGCCAGCAGGGCAAGAUGGCCAUGGUUAGCCUCAGUGGCCGGGUGGCCUUUCAACAAGCAGCUUCCGGCUGCCGCUCUGUGCUCCUCGCAAGCGGGACCUUGGCACCGUUCCCCCUGUUGCAGCGCGAGCUGGGCUUCGCAGACGUCCCAGGCGCAGAGCCCAGCGUCUUCACCACAGCCCCGGUGCUGGCGGAGAUUGGCCAGACAUCCAUCAGCAGCCGGCUGAAGGCGCUGGCCAUAGGCUCCGUGGAGGGCCAGAAGCUCAGCUCCACUCGGAGCUUCCGCGCGCAGCACGGGCCGCAGUACCUCGCGGCGCUGGGGCGAAUACUUGCGACGCUGCUGCCGGCGAUGCCCAAUGGGAAGCUCGUGUUCUUCCCUUCCCAUGAGCAGCUGAACGACGCUGUUGCCCACUGGUCUCGCCUCGGCCUGCUCAGCGGGGACCGCCUUUGCGGCAUCCCUGCGCUGCUGGAGACGUCCCAGACCUCGUCCGAGGCGGCGGCGCAGCUGGUGAUGAGGUACCGGCAGCAGGCAGCCAGGCCGGAGGGCGCCGCCCUGCUGGCGGUGAUGCGGGGCCGCUGCGCCGAAGGCGCCGACUUCAAGGAUGAGGCUGCCCGGGGCGUGGUGGUGGUGGGCGUGCCCUUCCCCAGCCUGGAGACGGAGGUGCGCCUAAAGAUGGAGUACGAGGGCCGCAACGGCUCGGCCUGGUACGAGGCGGAGGCGUACCGGAACGUGUCUCAGGCGGCAGGGCGACUUCUGCGGCACCAAGCUGACUACGGCUGCCUUUUGCUACUGGAUGGGCGUUUCACGGGCGAACCGCCGCAGCUUUCUGGCUGGCUGCGGCAAGAGCUGAAGCGCUCGCAUUCCACGCGCGACGUGUCCUCGUCGCAGCUGGAAGCGGUGAAGGAGGAGCUUACACAAUUCUUCCUCCGGAACGAGGCUGCCGCUGCUUGCGCGCCGGAAAAGCAGCGGGGCAAAUGCGGCGCGCACGCUAGCUUCCCGAGCUAUGAGGACGGGGCUCGCCAAGCAAGCCGCAGUUUCCGCAAGCCCAAGGGCACCUCAGAUCACUCAGACCCCCGAACUGCAGAUCCGCCGUUGCCGCAUCCUGGCGAGCCCUGCGCGGUUCUGACGCCCAUUGUGGGGGCAAAUCUGACUGGCUCCGCGGAGGUCAGGUGGUACAUGGACGCCUUGACCCACCGACCUGCAGAGAAUGGGCGCAGCUUCGACGCCGCGGUGAAGGGCGUGCAGUUCGACCGCUUUGGGGCGGUCUGGUUCCGGGGUGUGGAGCUGUGCCCUGCCCGAAGCCUUUUGGGAGCCCGGCUCCGCACUACCACGCCGGAGCCAUCACCCAGUGGAAUUCACUGGCACGUGCAGCGGGACGUCACAGAGUUUCAGCGCCUGAGCUCGGAUUUGACAUGGACUUUGGUCAUAAGGCAGCUCUUCCUGGAGUCGGGGGAGAUGAUGCUGAUGAUACCGAACAUCGUGGACGCUACAUACACCGGCCCAGAUGUGACAGUGGUGCCACUGCAGAAUGCCAGCGGCCGCACCAACCCGCUGGACGCUAUUAGUUAUGACGGAGCCAGCUCACAAGUGAACCUGGUGAAGCUUGGAACGGUCAGCCCGACGCGCAUUAGGCUGGACCUCUUCGCGUCUGGACAUGGCUGCGAGGAGUUCUGGUACACCAAUGUUCCGGGCACGGACGCUCCACCGGGCGUUUGUGCUGGAGGCUCCUAUCGAGAAAUACUGGUCUAUGUGGAUGGCAUGCUGGCUGGCGCUUGCUUCCCGUUUCCGGUGAUAUAUUCAGGUGGAAUCAACCCGCUGCUGUGGAGACCGCUGGCGGGCAUCGUGUCUUUCGACAUCCCGCCCUACGAGUUCGAUUUGACCCCGUUUGCGGGCUUACUGACGGAUGGUGCCACGCACAACAUCACGGUGCAAGUCUGGGGCAACAACCCAACAGGCAACUGGUUCUUGGACCCCGUGCUGCUCGUGGAGCAUGGAGAUGGUGGGAUCGUUGGGGGCAAGGUCUAUGGCGCAACCAAAGCGCCACAUGUCACUGAGGUGGUGAUGAACCUCAGCAAUGGCUCCACGGUGCAGCGCAUGCAGGGUCAGCACGAAUUCGAGGUCCGUUCGAUUCUGACUUUGGAGGAUGGGCGCGAAGUGGAAUGUAACUUGUGGGCGGACCUGCGCGCCAACAGCAGCAACCUUGGCCUUGAGAGUGCGCAGCUCACUUUCGGCUCCUUCAGGUCGCAGCACGUGAGCUUUUGCGGGGACCUCUCCACUACAGUGAAGGCGGAGUUUCCGCUGUACGUCUAUGACUUCUUCGCGCAGGAUGACACGAGUAUGCUGCUCAAAGCCUCAGUGGACUACACGCGCAUGCUGAACGUAUCGGUCAAAGCCCCUGGGUCUCCAGAUUAUGACAUCCGGAUGCGGAACGCCAUCUCCAGCCAUGCUGUCUAUAACAGGUCCAUCAAGAACCACAGCCAAGUCAAUGUGCAAACUUCAAGUGGGACGGAAACUUUUGGAAUUUCCACGGGCCGUCGGACGCCCUGCUACAACAAGCUACUGUUUGCCAACGACGGCGAUAUUCUCGCGGACCACAGCCGUUAUGACUGCCACUGGCCCUUCGGCCUCUACGUUUGCGGGUCGGCCAUUUGCGGUCGCUACGGCCGGAAGAGCACCGCCGAGCUGGUGGCGAAGGCCCUCCCACGGCCGCACCUCAGGCCGCCCCGUGCUCAUCUCCAGCGCCGUACCCCGCUGCUGGACCACACGUUGCGGCGGCCAGCGCGGCCGCUGCAGAACCUAAGCGCGGAAGGCAAGCCGCGUGUGAUUUAUUCCUGA